UGUACCGGCCAGUUGUCCGAGGUCCGAAUCUCAAGAUACAUCCGUCUCUGGCCCUACUCCCACUUUCUCUUUUGCAGCAUCAUUGCUUGCUUGCUAUUUGGCAUGGCGCGCAUGCGUGGACCGAACGCUGUCAUAAUGUGUACGUUCUUAAAAAAUAUAAUUUAAAAAUUCAAAUAAUAACCAUUCGUGUCGGCUAUAAAUACCCAAAUUGUGUAUAAUAAAAAUAAAUGGAAUAUUCUAAUAAAGUUAUUAUUCAUGUUCAGUGCUCUAUUAAUAUAAUUUUGCUAGCAAUAUUUUUCAGCAAAAAUUUUGUGUGCAGUGAUUAAAAUUCGUGUUAGUAUUGAAACAAAUAUGUUUACAAAACUUUUUAGAUUGAGAUGACAUCAAAAUGUUUGGAUUCAGACGUUCAUUAGUGCAAACGGUAGUGCUUCUAUCAUGGGCUCUCAAAUAUUGGACUUUCGGGAAUUAUGUUGUAUGGUGCAUUUUGGCUGUGACAAUCACGUUAAUGAUAUUGUUGACACUUGGAACGUAUGAUCAUGACUACUGGGUUGACAGAGGUGUAUUUUCACCACCGGCGCAGCCGUUUCUUGGGCACAUUGGACCUCUGUUGUCUUUCAAGGAGCAAACAGGCAACUUAUUCAAGAGAUUUUACGAUACAUACAAAAAUGAAAGAUUUAUAGGAAUACAUCAGUUCUUCGCGAGGACCCUACUAGUCCACGACCCUGAGCUGAUCAGGAGGAUAUGCGUGAACGACUUCCACCACUUCACAGACAGAGGCUUCUAUUACCACAAGGACGUGGACCCGAUGGUCGAGUCGUUGGUCUUCCUCAGGGGCGCCGAGUGGAGGAGGCUUCGAGCUAAGAUAUCCCCCGUAUUUUCCCCUAACAAACUGCGUGGAAUGUAUCCAAUCAUUGAGAAAGUAGCCGACAAGUUUGUUAUUAAAAUAAAAAGUAUGUUAAACAAAGACAAUCGCAAUGGGAACUUUGUACGUGAACAAGGAACAGCUGAAGACAAUUCUGUCCUGGUGAACGGGCAGAGGUUCUUCGAGGGGUACACAGCUGAUGCGAUAGUGCCGUGCGCGUUCGGUUUCAAGAGCGAUGUGAUGGACAAUGAGAACCAUCCUGUGGCGGUCGCGCUGCGCUCCUUUUAUGAAAUGUCACUAUUCAACAUUUUUCAAAAAACCGUCCAACAAUUAUGGCCGGCAUUUGCGAUGUUCUUUCGCAUAAGGAUUAUACCGAAGAAGACGGAGAACUACUUCUACGGGCUCAUCGUGAACGUGCUCAGAUCCAGAGAGAAAGGAGAGCAAGUUAGGCGCAGUGACUUCAUAGAGAUGAUGAUGACCCUCCGAGAGGACAGUAGCAACAAUAAUAAGAAGAGUGUGGAGCCAACUGAUGUUGUUAUCACGGACAUGUUGAUAGCGGCAAACGCGUUCAUACUUCUGCUCGGAGGUUUCGAGACCUCUUCCUCCACCCUGGCGUUCAUGGUGAUGGAACUAGCUGCUCACCCUCAUAUCCAGGAGAAGAUGAGGGCGGAGGUUCUGGAGGUGAUGGAGAGACAUGGAGGCAACAUUGGUUAUGAAGCAUUGCAAGAGCUCACUUACAUGGACAUGGUGAUACAAGAGACCCUCCGCCUGUAUCCACCGUUCCCGUUCAUCCAGCGGGAGUGCACGAAGGAUUAUGUGAUACCGGGUACACGGGUGGUCGUCGAGAAAGGAACUAGUGUAUUUUUCCCCACAAUGGCCUUGCAUAGGGACGAGCGGUACUUCAAAGAUGGCGAUGCGUUCGUACCGGAGCGCUGGGCGUCAGACGAGACCCCACCCGCUGGUGUCUACAUGCCAUUUGGAGAUGGACCGCGUUAUUGCAUCGGCAAACGUUUCGCGAGCAUGCAAAUGAAGUGUUGCCUGGCGCGUAUUCUGCAACACGUGCGGUUCAGCCCGGCGCUCGCGAACAAGCUCGGCGAGCAGUCCGCCGGGCGGCGCGGCGAGCCGUUCGCGGCUGACCCGCGCUCCCCGCAGACACUGCACCCCGCGGACUCGCGGGUUCGAAUUAGCCUUAUCAACUAGGGUUUUAAUAGAUGAUAAUGAAAUGGCAACCCCACCUGAGCGGGGGGAAAGGGAUUGUUAGCAACGGAGUUUGAUAGCCCCAUUGCUAGCAAUAUGCCCUAUUAAGUCGAUCUCCACGUGGUUCCCCCUGGAAACCAGCGUGAACAAUUCUUGUUGAAUUUGUCACGAUGGGUUAACUGACCUGCUUCAUCUUCACCUAUCAUCCUUCACUGGUGCCCCACGGGGUAUACCGUUAGCGCGGGUGGGGUUACCAUACCAUUAUCAUCUAUUAAAAAAACUCACCUGAGCUAUCGAUAUACACUGGUAGGCACCAGCGAGGGAUGAUAGGUGAGGAUGAAAACAGGUCAGUUAGCCACCGUGACGAAUUUGACAAUAAUUAAUCACGAUGGUUUUCAGGGGGAACCGCGUGGAGGUCGACCUGAUUGGGUAUAUUGCUAGCAAUGGAGAUUAAAGUCCCUGUUAUUACCAAUCCUUCUCCUCCCUAUAAACUAGGGUUGCCAACAAGGAAGAUACGUUAUACAGGUGAAAUUUGCAACAUACCGUUUAAAUGCAUUCUUAUUAUUAUUAAUGCUGCUGGUUAUUAGAGACUGGAAUAAUAGCAGUAGCGAAUGCUGGUCGACACUUUCUCUCAUCCUUUUGACAAUACUUGAAGGUAGAAAAUAAAGGUGAAAUAAAAUAUUUCCUAAAUUCUGUAUAAAUAUUAAUUGAAAAUAAGUAGUAAUAAAAUGCGUAGGUACACCCCUUAUACGCUAUGAAAACAAGGAAAAUAUACCUUCAAUUAGUUAUUUAAAAAAAAAAAUUAAAAAAAGGCAUUAAUUAUUAAAUUAAUAGGAUCUAGUUAAUUGUAAAACGCGAGACCUUAGAAACUGGAAACAGGUUGGUUAGUGACUCUAAUAUAAAUCAUGAUUCAAUGUGAUAUAACUUAAAAUGAUAUAAUUAAUUUGAUAGUGUAAAAGUUUUUAUUAAAUAUGUGACAAAGUGUGACAAAAUGUAACAAAAUGUGACAAAAUGUAACAAAAUGUAACAAAAUGUAGCAAAAUGUAACAAAAUGUAACAAAAUGCAACAAAAUGUAACAAAAUGUAACAAAAUGUUUAGUUGUUCACAGGAAUUACAAAACAGAUAAGUCACAUUCCUAUUAUGUUAGAAAUAGGAAUGUUUUGUAACAAAAAUUUGGUCACGAUUUUAUUUUUUAUUUACUUAGUGUAUCGAAGAAAAAUGAAAAUAU